CAUGCAGGAAAAAUCUAUGUAAAGUAACGAAUUCUAUCAUGUUCGAUGAUAAAAAUCACGCCGAGCUAACGGAUGCCGAAGCUGAAUUAUACGAUCGGCAAAUUCGUCUAUGGGGUCUGGAAUCGCAAAAGCGAUUAAGAUCAGCAAAAGUAUUAUUGAUAGGACUUGGUGGAUUUGGUGCUGAAAUAGCAAAAAAUAUUAUAUUAGCAGGCGUUAAAACAAUUACCCUUUUAGAUCAUAGAAAUAUGACAAUAGAAGAUACUUGUUCCCAGUUUUUUAUACCUAAUGAUCAGAUUGGUAAAAAUAAAGCAGAAGCAUCUUUACAAAGAACUCAGAAUUUGAAUCCUAUGGUCAAUGUAGAAGCAGAUUCUACCAAUAUAGAUGAUAAACCGGAUGAAUAUUUCAGUAAUUUCAAUGUUAUCUGUGCUACUCAGUGUACUAUUACUCAAUUAAAAAGACUUAAUAAAAUAUGUAGACAGCAUAAGAUAAAAUUCUUUGCUGGAGAUGUUUGGGGUACUUUUGGAUAUACUUUUGCUGAUUUGGAUGAACAUGAAUAUGUUGAGGAUAUUGUGCAAACUAAACCAGUAAAUGCUGAAGCAGGUGGUGAACCUAAAGGGAAAGAAAAAUUUGAAAAGAUUGUUAUUACUGAAAAACGUAAGGACAAUUUUGUUCCUUUUGAGUCUAUCAUAGAUAUAGAUAAAAGUCGUCUUCCUACAAGAGAAUCAGAAAUGUAUUAUAUGAUGAUGAUAAUGUUGCAUUAUCGUGAGAAGUAUAAGAGUGAUCCUUUACCUAAUGAAAGAGGUUCAGAAAAAUUGAAAACAGAAUCAACAGCCAUUAUAGAAAAAUAUCAACUAGGAGAUAAAAUAAAUUCUUUGAUAGAGGGAGAUUUGUAUGGUCAAAUUAGUCCAAUUUGUGCCAUAGUAGGUGGAGUUAUGUCUCAAGAAAUUAUAAAGGCUGUAUCACAAAAGGAAGCUCCCCAUAAUAAUGUUUUUCUUUUCAAUCCACAGACGUUGUGCGGCAAAAUUUUAAAAUUGGCGUAAUAAUCAUAAGGUAUUAUUAUCAUCAUUGUAAUUUCUUGAAAUUAUUUUUUUCAGGUUCUCAUAAUAAGAUUUUUGUACUUUAUUAAUAAAUUAAUUAAUAACUAUUGAAUAGUUCGAUAAAAAGUUUAUGUAUUAUGAAUAAAGUUGUAUCUAUGUUUAUCCAACAA